GCUACGCUAAACGAAGUUGCCGCUUUCCGCCUCCGUCGAGUAGAAAAAUAGUAUGCGCACCACGGGGCAAUUUUACACGCGGCACGCAAUGUCCUACUUUUCCUGCCUUGGGACACAACUAUUCCGUCAUACGCUUCAAAAUCAUGUCGCAAAUCACGCAUAGGUAUUUGCACUACACCUAGUCUAUUAUUCAUUUAUUCUAUCAAUUAAAAAGCAUGAUUAAUCAAUCCAUUAAUCGAAACCACAUCUCAAUUAAUUAAAUAGAGUCAGUUGAACAAACCACCCACAACCAUGGCCCAUAUCCAAACACCAUAAUUUCAUAGACUCGGUAUCAAUGAGCGCCGGGCCAUAACUCACGGCCAUAAAGAUCUAUACAUCAUAUAGAUCUUUCAAAGAAAUCAUUGGAAAAAAGUCCAACGAGAGUCCAAUGCAUGCCAUUAUACCUGUCCCGUUUUAACGGGAAAGAAUCCGAGGGAGAGAUAAGGAGGGAUAUAUUUCUUAUUCGAGUGGACCUUCUGAGAAAAGUCAGUCUCGGAUUGAGGGUCGAGGACGACGGACGUCUUGGAGUUAAACCAAUUUUGUGGGUUUAUUUUUCGAUUGUUUUUUUUGUGAAUAUUUGUGACUUGAAGUGUCUGUGUUGUGUUCAGGAAUUCCGAUUAAGAUCAUAAUAAUGAAAACAGUGUAGAACUCAAAACAAUGGGAGCAUCAUACAUUGAAGACGAAGAAAAAGCAAUUUGCGACGAUAAAAUGGUACAUAGACUGCCAACCUUACAAGAAAUCAAAACUAACGCAAGACAAAAGACAGAAUUCAAAAUUAUUACAAUGAAGAAUAGUAUACAAUAUAAUAAUUUCGGAUAUAAAGAAGAAUUGACAAGAAGAAUGAAGAAAGAAUAUAGAUGUUACAAUUUAUGCUUCCUCAGUGUGUGUCUUAGUUUUAUUCUAGGAUUAACAAUAGGGAUAGUCCUGAUGAAAACUUCCCAAAAUAUAACAAGAAGAGUUACUAUAAAUAGUAGUAAAGACUUAAGAACACUAAAUUCAUUUAAACAUGAAACUAAGACUGAUUUUGAAGUAAAAGUUGACGAGAACAAAUAUGACACAGUAACUGCUGGUCAUAAAUAUAAUAAAGAUGUUUACCCUAAAAGCUUAACAGAAGAUAUGAAGGAAAUACUAAAAGACAACAAAUCUCAUCACAGACAUGUGAUAGCACAUAUUAUUAAUAGUACUAAGCCAUAUGUUCCUAGUGACCAAACUGUGUUGUAUAAUAAUGUGUAUUGGGGGCCUGAGGUUGAAGAUUCAAUGCCACAAGGAUAUGGAGAGAGUAGUGGAGAAUUGUGGGAAGAAUACGUCGGUCAAAGUGAGGUAGUAGAGAUGAAGCCUGGGUGUGGUCGUAUGCAGAAUCGACUAGUCAUCUUCAAAGAUGGAUCUCAAGCCUGCGUCAGAUACAGGCAAAAUACGGAUCAAAUUCAAGGCGAAAUCUUCAGUUUCUACGUAGCAAAGUUAAUGAAUUUAACCAAUUUGGCACCUUCAGUAUUGAAAAUCGUCGAUCUGAAAGAUAAACUUUGGGCUAACGUGGCUAAUGAUAUAGCAACAGCGCAAUGGAAUAGCAACAGAGCUGUGGUUUUAACUCAAUAUAUACCAAGCUUAGAAUCCGCAACGAUACCAGACAUUUUCAAACCAGCCAACAGACAUUUGAAUAAACAUGAUGUACUGAAAAUGUCUUUGAAAGAAAACGAAGCACCAAAGGAAAUUCUAAUAGAAAAACUAAAGACAAAAACUGUGAAAGUGAAAAAAAGUGACAAUUUUGAUCAUAUUGAUGUGAAAUUAAAUAAGAAAACUGUAGAUACAUUUGUAGAACUAGCUCAAUGGUCUGAUCUCAUAAUUUUCGAUUACCUAACAGCUAAUUUAGACAGGAUUGUUAAUAAUCUUUUUAAUUACCAAUGGAAUAUAAAUAUUAUGGACGGUCCAGCUCACAAUUUGGCUAGAAAAAUGGACAGUGGGUUGCUUUUGUUUUUAGACAACGAAUCAGGACUGUUACAUGGUUAUAGGCUUUUAAAGAAAUAUAAUGUGUACCAUAGUUUAAUGUUAGAUAAUUUGUGUGUAUUUAGGAGAACAACGAUAGAUGCUUUGAAGAGAUUGUACGAAAUGAAAGCGAUAGGUGUUAAAUUAAGUGAUAUGUUCCAUAAGAAAAAUAGUGCUGUUAUAAGAGACAUAUUACCGCCUUUACCAGAGAAGAAUGCUAAGAUUUUACACGAGAGAAUAGGUAAAGUUUUAAGCCAAGUUGAAAAAUGUGAACUAACUUUCUCUAACAGAUAGUGAGUACGUGGAUUUAGGAAACAAUUCAAAAAGUAAAUUUCAUGAUCCAACUUGAUACGAAGUUGACGAUGAUUUUUGUGAUUGGCUUUUACUUCAUUUUGUAUACACCAAUCAGUGUGAGGGAUCCUCAAAAUCAUUUCAAAAUAUGAUUAAAACUGGAACAAGUUGUUAAGUCUGACUCGGGAUCUGUGUUAGAACUCAUUUGAAAAUUAACGUGAUCCCCUAUAGCUGAAAACUUAAGAAUGCAUUCUAACAAGGCCUACAGGAUGACCCACACGAAGGGAUGACUACACAGUGACAGGACAUUGAGUCAUUCUCAAAGCGGCUUUCGAACUUAAUAAUUGAUCUCAUUCUGACAUAAAUACUCGUAGGGCAACUACCUAUAGUCUGUUUUUAUAUGAACCUACUGCCAUGAAAAUGUAUGGCAUAGUAAUUUAUAAUUAAAAAACUGGCUACAGUCAUAGGUCAUUGAUAUUUGGUGCGUGCCAAAUGUCAAAAUGAGAUCAAAAUAAAGAUUAAAUGUAAUUCGAACCCGCUUCUGUUAUCGAAUAGACAAAAUGAUUUUGAAGUAACGAAAAUGUUACUUCUAAAGUUUUAAUUGGUUUAUCUGUUAUCAAUGUGGGACAAUACCGGCAUAUAAAAUACUUGACUGGGAAGACCGUCAUAGGGCAAGAGCUCUCGUAUUAUUUAUGUCAUCCACGAUGACGCGCGGAUUUGUCAAAUCUAACCUUUAAUAACAUGAAAAUACGAGUCAAGGCACGCAUCUUUGUGAAUGACACGAUCUUACUUCGUACCUCGUCCCUAGAGACUUCAUACUAUUUUCACUGUGACAAUGUACGAAAUGGGUCACAAAUUUAAUCUGUUGACUGUAUAUGUAUUUCGCUCAGAGACACUCAGAAAGGUAGAACUUCGCUUUUUCUGCUCUAUUGACCUUCUGUAAGAGGAGUAUUUUUUUUUUUUUAUGGAGGAUAGGCAGGCGUUUGACCACGAUCACACCUGAUGGUAAGUGAUGAUGCGGUCUACGGUGGAGCACGCUUGCCUAUGAGA